AUGAGUUCCAAGCCAAAAUCCAUAGGGAUCAUCGGAGCUCCUUUCUCAAAGGGCCAGCCACGAGGAGGGGUGGAAGAAGGCCCUACAGUAUUGAGGAAGGCUGGUCUGCUUGAGAAACUUAAAGAACUAGAGUGUGAUGUGAAAGAUUAUGGGGCCCUGACCUUUGCUGAUGUCCCUAAUGACAGUCCCUUUCAAAUGGUGAAGAAUCCAAGGUCUGUGGGAAAAGCAAGUGAACAGCUGGCUGAUGUGGUGGCAGAAAUCAAGAGGAACGGAAGGACCAGCCUUGUACUGGGCGGAGACCACAGUCUGGCAAUUGGCAGCAUCUCUGGCCAUGCCAGGGUCCACCCAGAUCUCUGUGUCAUUUGGGUGGAUGCUCACACCGACAUCAACACUCCACUGACAACCACAACUGGGAACUUACAUGGACAACCUGUAUCUUUCCUCCUGAAGGAACUAAAGGGAAAGAUGCCCGAUGUCCCAGGAUUCUCCUGGGUGACUCCCUGCCUAUCUGCCAAAGAUAUUGUGUAUAUCGGCCUGAGAGACGUGGACCCUGGGGAACACUACAUUUUGAAAAUUCUGGGAAUUAAAUACUUUUCAAUGACUGAAGUGGAUAAACUGGGAAUUGGCAAGGUGAUGGAAGAAGCAUUCAGCUAUCUACUAGGAAGAAAGAAAAGGCCAAUUCAUUUGAGCUUUGAUGUGGAUGGACUGGACCCGUCUUUCACACCAGCUACUGGCACACCAGUCCAGGGAGGUCUGUCUUACAGAGAAGGUCUCUACAUCACAGAAGAAAUUUACAAAACAGGGCUACUGUCAGGAUUAGAUAUAAUGGAAGUGAAUCCAUCUCUGGGGAAGACACCAGAAGAAGUAACUCGGACAGUGAACACAGCAGUAGCAUUAACCUUGGCUUGUUUUGGAGUUGCUCGGGAGGGUAACCAUAAGCCUACUGAUUACCUUAACCUGCCUAAGUAAACACGGAAACGUCAUAUAAAAAUCUCACAGUUAAUGACAUA